AUGUGCGGUGUGGUGCGGUGUGGUGUGGUGUGGUUCUCAGGAAAGUCGCUCUCCACUACUUCCUUGAGAGGGUCUCUCACAAUCCCUUCCAUUGUCUCUGCCUCCUCCCCAGUGACUUCCGUUGUCUCACCAUGCCUUCCUUUGUCAAUUCAAAAGCCAUCCCUCCCACCAUCCACCCCUCCCGCCAUCCCUCCCACCAUCCACCCCUCCACCAUCCCUCCCACCAUCCCUCCCCUCCCACCACGCCUCCCACCAUCCCAUAACCCCAGGGACUUCGCCCGAAACAUGUUCCGUGGCACCAUCCCUUCAUUCUUCGCCACCCUCACCAAACUCGACGUGCUUGAGUUCAACGAGAGCGGAACGGUGUGCUCAGGAGCCAGGCAGCCGUGUGUGGUGUGGCAGACCCCCUCCAUCCCUCUCCCCAUCUCACCCUGUCCUUCCCUGCCUCGGUUACUCAGUGAGCUCAACGAGAGCGGAACGGUGUGCUCAGGGGCCGGGCAGCCAGGGCUCAACGAGAGUGGCAUGGUGUGCCCAGGAGCAGGCCAGCCGUGCGUUGUGUACCAGACCCCCUCCUCGCACUUCUGCAUCAACUGCCCCGACUUCUGCUCCUCCUGCUCCAACAGCUCUGCCCCUUCCUCUGGCUCCCCUGCUGCUAGCCCCUCCCCUCCUCCGCCUGCCAAUAGCACUCCUCCUCUUCCCCCACAGAUACAUCUUCCUCCUCCUCCUCGUCCGCCCUGCCUCUAG